AUGGGUUUAGCUCCAGCGGCAGAUAUACAGAAGAGCUCAGCUCCCAGUAUGAGCACAGCGGACAAGACCUCAAUCUUGGGAUCCACCAAGACUUUCAACAACGAGGAGACCGAGGCCGAUACCAAAACCAAGAAGCGGAGUCUGUUCGGAUUCGGGAAGAAGAAGACAGCGGAAAGGACAAGCAGUCCUGCAGACGGUGCUAUGACCUCUUCCAAGGCCGAAAACAGCCUCCCGAGCCCUCCGCAUACUCAAAACGCAUCGCAAUUGUCCUCUAGACGAUCGACACAAACGUCCCCAGGCCCGCUGGACGCCCCGCACAGAAUGCCCUCAUCCCCAGGACGGGGUAUCUACUCGUCGUCGCCGCAUCUUGCCUCUCCAGCCACAUCCCAAAUCUUCGAGAGAGACGUCCAAGAAAGUGCUGUUGCUAUGCCCAACUCGCCAGCCAUUCCCUCUCACAUCCAGGUCGAAAACCACAUCCCUCCCGCGUUGGAUGCCACAUCGGAAGCCAUCACCGACGGUCACCUCAACCCUGAUAGCGUCGAGAUCGUUACCCAUGCUUCCCAUCAACCUGCCUCUGUGACCGUCACAGGCUCUGUUCCUUAUGACACACAGUCGAGUGCCUCCUGGGUGGACGAAUUACAAUCGCUUGCGGAAAAGGAGGAGGCUGCUUCCAAUUACGGGAACCUAGACUCUGCGGACGUGAGGCGUCUUAGCUUCAUCUCUUUUGCCGAUGUUGUUCAAGCUGAACAAGGUGCUCACGGUGCUGCGGCAAGCAGCCGAGACUCUGUACACUUUGCUGGCUUGACAUCGCUCUCCUCAAGUGGCCUCAACCGCUCCCCAUCACCGAUAAGAUCGCCAAUGCCUUCUCAGGGCCAAGAGGUUUCACCGCCAUUAAGCAAGUCUGGCUCUAUAAAGGGUUUGGACAUGUCCCCAGGUCGAAAGCCUCUCGGCAGCCCUACAUCCACCCAGCACAACCUGGCUAUCGGAAGCAGCGGCGACUUGAACAUUGAGACCAUGUCCCAAGCAUUAAGACGGCCUGGCAGCAGUGCGGAUCUUAGUAUCCACCGUAGCUUGCCUGUCAGCCCUAUCGAGGCCCAGUCCCCUCUCCGGUAA